UUGGAAUACUUCAUCAAACGUCUGAAAGAGAUUCAAGAAUCAGAGGACUAUGUAGAAAACGCAAAAAUUCUGUAUAAUGUUUACACUCAACCUCUUUUGCCUCGAAAGAAAAAACGACAAGCCAAAGCAGGAAAUAAAAAACGGGUAAAAGACAACGAGUUACCAUCGAAGGUCGGUAGCUACAGCGAACUUUGGGAUUCUUUCCAAGAAGUUGGCAAUGAAACUUCUUUAGAAUCUACACAAUUAGAGGAUAGCUCUCGGAUCAUCACCCUUGGUGACUUCAUAUGCUCCGAAAGCGCUCCAGUGUCGGAGCACAGAACGAAUCCACAUUCGAAAAGCAGCGAAGGCUCAAGCUUUGAGAUGGUCAGACCCGAUACAACCCCUCUGCUUGACAUAUCAAAAGUGACAAAUGCUACUCACAUUUUUGAAAUUGUUGAUGUCAUUAUAGAAGAUUUUGAUACCUUCAAUCUUCACGAAGAGGUUAAGCAGCUAGUUCCAUUCUAUUGUACAAUGCAAUGUUUUGAUGAUGAACGAGUAUCGGUGAGAAGCCGAUCAACCGAUAGACCACUCUUUGCUCUAUUUUUUGAGACCCGCAAAAAACAGGGGAAGCUUAGGUAA